AUGAAGAGGGAGGAGAGGAAGUGGGGGAAGCAUGUGGCACGGGAGAGGUGGAAAGGGGGUUUAGGGCUGGGAGUGUUAGAACUAGCUGGCUGUAAACUCACAUAUGAAUCCUGUGAGGCUCUGACCUCAGCUCUGCAGACACCAAACUCCCCCGUAAGAGAACUGGACCUCAGCUACAAUGACCUGGGAGACAGAGGAGUGGAGCUGCUCUGUGUUGGACUAACCAGUCCACUCCGCAACAUGGAGAGACUUGUACUGGAUCACUGUGACCUCACAUAUAAAUCCUGUGAGACUCUGACCUCAGCUCUGCAGACACUAAACUUCCCCCUGAGAGAACUGGACCUCAGCCACAACAAUGACCUGGGAGACAGAGGAGUGGAGCUGCUCUGUGUUGGACUAACCAGUCCACUCUGCAACAUACAGACACUAGUUCUGGGUCAGUGUGGUCUGACAGAGGGUUGCUGUUCUGAUCUGGCCUCAGUCCUGAGUUCACCCAACUCACAACUGAACCACCUGGAGCUGAGAGACAAUGACCUGCAGGACUCAGGAGUUACACUGCUGUCUGCUGGACUGAAGGAUCCAGACUGUAAACUACACACACUGGGUCUAGGUCAGUGUGGUCUGACAGAGGGUUGCUGUUCAGAUCUGGCCUCAGUCCUGAGUUCACCCAACUCACAACUGAAACAACUGGAGCUGAGAGACAAUGACCUGCAGGACUCAGGAGUUACACUGCUGUCUGCUGGACUGGAGAAUCCAGACUUUACACUGCUGUCUGCUGGACUGGAGGAUCCAGCCUGUAAACUACACACACUGGGUCUAGGUCAGUGUGGUCUGACAGAGGGUUGCUGUUCUGAUCUGAACUCAGUCCUGAGUUCACCCAACUCACAACUGAAACAACUGGAGCUGAGAGACAAUGACCUGCAGGACUCAGGAGUUACACUGCUGUCUGCUGGACUGGAGGAUCCAGACUGUAAACUACACACACUGGGGCUAUCUGGCUGUCUGGUCACAGAGGAGGGCUGUGCUGCUCUGUCUUCAGCUCUGAGGUCAAACCCCUCCCACCUGAAAGAGCUGGACCUGAGCUACAAUCACCCAGGAGACUCUGCAGGGGGACUGCUUUCAGCUGCUCUGUCUUCAGCUCUGAGGUCAAACCCCUCCCACCUGAAAGAGCUGGACCUGAGCUACAAUCACCCAGGAGACUCUGCAGGGGGACUGCUUUCAGCUGCUCUGGUAGAUCCCACAUAUAAACUGAAUGUGGAUAAUGGUGGAGAGUGCAGGCUGAAAUCAGGUCCGAGGAAAUAUGCCUGUCAUCUCACCUUAGACCCAAGAACAGCAAACCCAAACCUGAUACUGUCUGAGGGGAACAGGAAGGUGACACCGGUGGUGGAGGAGCAGCAGCAUUAUGAAGACUAUCCAGACAGAUUUGACCGUUAUCGCCAAGUUCUCUGCAGAGAAGGCUUAUCUGAUUCUCGUUAUUACUGGGAGGUGGACUGGGAUGGUGGUGGGCCUGCUAUUGGUGUGGUGUACAAAGGAAUGUUGGGAAGGGCUGGCAUUUGUAUUGGACUCACCAGCAAUUCCUGGUGUAUGUACUGCUCUGACAGCGUUUAUGACUUUUACAAUGCUGGAGUCCAUAGUAGAUCCAUUCUUGGCCCUGUAUCUAGCAGAGUAGGAGUGUAUCUGGACUGGCCAGCUGGUACUUUGUCCUUCUAUAGUGUGUCCUCCUCUGGUACACUGACACACCUUCACACAUUCUACACCACGUUCACUGAACCCCUCUAUCCUGGGUUUGGGUUUCUUUUGUUGAAAACCUCCUCAGUGACCCUGUAUCAGAUCAACGACAUUCAAAGAGACCAUGGUGGAGAGAGUUGGAUCAAGCCUGGACCUGAGGACACCAGAGACCAUGGUGGAGAGAGUUGGAUCAAGCCUGGACCUGAGGACACCAGAGACCAUGGUGGAGAGAGUUGGAUCAAGCCUGGACCUGAGGACACCAGAGACCAUGGUGGAGAGAGUUGGAUCAAGCCUGGACCUGAGGACACCAGAGACCAUGGUGGAGAGAGUUGGAUCAAGCCUGGACCCGAGGACACCAGAGACCAUGGUGGAGAGAGUUGGAUCAAGCCUGGACCUGAGGAUACCAGAGACCAUGGUGGAGAGAGUUGGAUCAAGCCUGGACCUGAGGACACCAGAGACCAUGGUGGAAAGUGUUGUAUCAAGCCUGGACCUGAGGACACCAGACACCAUGGUGGAGAGAGUUGUAUCAAGCCUGGACCUGAGGACACCAGAGACCAUGGUGGAGAGUGUUGUAUCAAGCCUGGACCUGAGGACACCAGAGACCAUGGUGGAAAGUGUUGGAUCAAGCCUGGACCUGAGGACACCAGAGACCAUGGUGGAGAGAGUUGGAUCAAGCCUGGACCUGAGGACACCAGAGACCAUGGUGGAGAGAGUUGGAUCAAGCCUGGACCUGAGAACACCAGAGACCAUGGUGGAGAGAGUUGUAUCAAGCCUGGACCUGAGGACACCAGAGACCAUGGUGGAGAGAGUUGGACCAAGCCUGGACCUGAGGACACCAGAGACCAUGGUGGAGAGUGUUGUAUCAAGCCUGGACCUGAGGACACCAGAGACCAUGGUGGAGAGAGUUGUAUCAAGCCUGGACCUGAGGACACCAGAGACCAUGGUGGAGAGAGAUGUAUCAAGCCUGGACCUGAGGACACCAGAGACCAUGGUGGAGAGUGUUGUAUCAAGCCUGGACCUGAGGACACCAGAGACCAUGGUGGAGAGAGUUGUAUCAAGCCUGGACCUGAGGACACCAGAGACCAUGGUGGAAAGUGUUGUAUCAAGCCUGGACCUGAGGACACCAGAGACCAUGGUGGAAAGUGUUGUAUCAAGCCUGGACCUGAGGACACCAGAGACCAUGGUGGAAAGUGUUGGAUCAUGCCUGGACCUGAGGACACCAGAGACCAUGGUGGAGAGAGUUGGAUCAAGCCUGGACCUGAGGACACCAGAGACCAUGGUGGAGAGAGUUGUAUCAAGCCUGGACCUGAGGACACCAGAGACCAUGGUGGAGAGUGUUGUAUCAAGCCUGGACCUGAGGACACCAGAGACCAUGGUGGAGAGAGUUGGAUCAAGCCUGGACCUGAGGACACCAGAGACCAUGGUGGAGAGAGUUGGAUCAAGCCUGGACCUGAGGACACCAGAGACCAUGGUGGAGAGAGUUGGAUCAAGCCUGGACCUGAGAAAUGGAUUCCUCAGAGCUGUAAGAAUUGUGAACAUGUUGAGGACUCCACACACUGGCUUCAGAUUGAACCCUUGACUUCCACUGUCCAGGGAGGGACAAUGUUCAGACACAGGACACCCAAAGGGAGUUAUGAGUGCACAGUGUCUGGGCUCCGCUGGCUGUGUGAGAGAGAUGUCAUUCUGAAGUAUCACUUCAGGAACUGGAAUCCAUACAGUCAACUUCUGAAAGACAUGCAGUACACACAAGGUGGUCCAUUGCUGGACAUCACUAUGGAGUUAGGUGAACUGGAGGAAGUUCAUCUGCCACACUGUGUCUGUUUAGGGACCAACCCUUCCCUGAGGAAUGAGAUGAAGAUUCUUCAUGCAGAGGAACAUGGAGUGUCUUUAGAGGAAGUGCAUGAGGUCACCAGAUUCCAUGCUAAGAUUCUCCAUCCCAAGUUCUCACCUAUCUCUGUUAUACUGAGAUUACUGUCUUGGAACAUAGACGUCCACUGUGACGUGGUCCUCUACAUGGCAGUAAAAAGGUCAACAGUCAUUUCAAGGCUGUACCUGCUCCUCAGAAACUCCAGUCAGAAAGAGGCUGUUCAGGAACGGGAGAAAAACCAGGUGUCCAAAGGAUUUUCAGAAUUCGUCCUGUCAAGUCCAAACGGGUCCUUAAAGCUGAACAGUUGGUUUGCGUUCAAGAAUCCCCGCUCCACUUCCAUCAAUCCAGAGAAGAUUCAGCUGUUACCUGCAGACACCACACCAAGCUGUUGCCAGAUGAUAAUGGGAAACACAGGGGUUGACAUUGAGAUGGAGUUAAUCGGGGAGGAUGAGAGGACAGUAUGGAAAUCAGUUUUAUCAAAAGAUGUGUACAGCAACGACUCUCAUCCAACAUCAUUAAUACUCCUUGGGAUUCCUGCUGAGGAGUUUCUGAAGAAACACAGGGCUGUACUCAUUCAGGAGUCAAAAACACAAUGCCAAUAGCAGAUGAUCUGUCAUCAAAGAGCAUGAUUGGUGAUGAAGAGUACUCCAGAAUAAAAGCUGAAACAACUGAACAGGAGCGAAUGAGAGAACUACUGAACGCAGUCCUCCCUAAAGGACCAGAAGUGACGGGAGCUUGUCUAAAAGCUCUCAUUGAACAUGAACACCAUCUUGUUAAGUACUUGAGUGAAUCUAGCACCUAAUCUGAAGAUGCCAUGGCCUGUCUC